AAACUGCUUUGGCUUUAUGCUUUGCUUCGUCACUCCAUGAAAAACGUGCACUCUUCUGGGGCUGUGUAUGGUGAAAUCCUCUUUUGCUGUCUGAAAUGGCAAGUGCGAAUGUGGGAGCUGACAUUGCUCCGAGCGAAGCCGCUGCCCGUAUGCAGAUAAAUUCAAGGAAAGUCAGUGUAUCCAAAGAGAGGAAACGUGUGCCAGUCAUGGGUGACCAUCUUGUGCCCAAUAGCAAGCGAGUUGCAAUUGUCGGCGGAGGCCUGGUCGGCGCAAUGGAAGCAUUGUACAUGGCCAAGCGAGGAUUUGAUGUGGAUUUGUACGAAAUGAGAUCAGAUAUUCGUUUGGAGGAGAUGGUAGAAGGUAGGAGUAUUAAUUUGGCUUUGUCCACGCGUGGGCGUGAAGCUCUGAAGGCUGUCGGUCUCGAAGAUGAGGUGGUGACUACUGGCAUUCCCAUGUUUGGACGGCGGAUACACAGCCUAACAGGAGAGCAGUCAUUCAUCCCAUAUGGCAAGAAGGAACAGUGUAUAUUGUCAGUGGACAGACGGAAGCUGAACGAAACCUUACUCACAGCUGCUGAGAAGUGCCCGAAUGUUGACAUGCAUUUCGAUCACAAGCUGUCGCGAUGUAAUAUCAAGACAGGGGAGAUGACCUACAUCAACUAUGAUAACACAAGGGAAACAACCGCUGAUCUUGUUGUUGGCUGUGAUGGUGCCUUCUCUGCUGUUCGUCGAUCUGCAAUGCGAUCAACAAGGCUAAAUUACCAGCAGGAGUACAUUCCACAUGGCUACAAGGAACUGACAAUGCCACCUAAGGAGGACGGAACACAUGCGAUGGCCAAGAACUGCUUGCAUAUAUGGCCACGGAACGAAUUCAUGAUGAUCGCUCUUCCCAACCAGGAUGGCUCGUUCACAUGUACAAUGUUCUGCCCCUUCGACUUCUUUGACAGUGUCAAGGAUGAAACGACGCUUAUCGAACGCUUCGAGCAGUUUUUCCCAGACUCUAUACCGUUGUUUGGCCGGGAUCGUCUCGUUGAAAUGUACUUCACGAAUCCUGUCGGCAGCCUCGUCUCUGUCAAGUGCGACCCUCAUAAUGUGGGUGGACGCUGUGUGCUGCUGGGCGAUGCUGCUCAUGCUAUGGUGCCAUUCUACGGUCAAGGCAUGAACUGUGGCUUUGAAGAUUGCCUGUUGCUUGAUGAACUGCUGCUGAAGAACAAAUUGGACUUUGCUGCCACACUUGAUGAGUACAACAGUAAACGGCAGCCAGAUGCCUAUGCCAUUUGUGAUCUGGCAAUGUACAACUACAUCGAGAUGCGGUCGUUGGUGAAUUCCAAAAGCUUUCUGCUGCGUAAGAAGGUGGACAGCCUACUCAACUACCUUUUCCCGAGGUCGUUUAUCCCUCUCUAUAGCAUGGUGACAUUCUCCAGAAUUCCAUACGGAGAGGUGAUUGAACGACGGAAACGGCAAGAUAAGCUUGUGAAGAUCGGAGCUGGAGUGUUUGCAUUCACGGCAGGCGCUCUGUUGUGCUAUGGCGUGUACAAACGGAGAGUUGCUGCACUUAGCACUGCGCUACUUUGCAAUCUGAUCACGCUCACUUCAACACCGCAGAAAACCAUCGCCGGCUAUCUGAAACUGUCAUGAGAGGGGUUCCACGCACUUGUGACUGUGUGAGUAUCUCGUCACGUUUGUCUGCGUUCUGAAGACGCUGCUGAAUCGGUUGUGGCUAGUGGCUGCCGUGACUGCUUAAUUAACAGGUGGUGGAUAGCUGCACGCCUUGGAGACAUGCUGCUGGAAUUCUACCAGCCUGCUGGCGUGAUUAGCUCCCGACCUGAUUGGCUGGUACACCGGUAUGUGAUAGUGACAAACAUGUAUUUCCCUGUCCACGAACACUUCAUCUACAUUCGUUUUGUCCGUCAUCUGAGCACCCUAUGAAACCUGGAGGCGAGGUUGAGCUAUCCCAAGCCCUCGGUUCCCCAGCCCAGACGGAGGACAAUCCGUGCCGGUGGUUGUGUCCGUCUUAUUGCUACUCCACUGCACUCUGCAGUGGGGUUUGUGCAUAGCAUUCUGUUUCCGGUAUUUGAAUAUUUUUGACCAAGUUCUUUUUUUGUGCUGAUUAUCUCUUAUGCUUACUGGCCCUGACUAAUUAGGAGGCUGUUGUGUUGCAGCGUACCGGAACCCCUGGUUUUCGGUGUAGCUGACUUUCUAUUCGUUUUGAGCUCUCCCCCCCCCCCCCCCCCCCCCCUCCACCACCACUACCCACCCCACCCCCCGUCCACCCUGUCCCUUCAGAGGAGUGAGGACACGCUAAUAUAGUUCUACUUCAGUAUUCUAUUUUUUAUUUUAUUGACCCCGGAGAUUUGGAGAGUGAUGUUGCCCCACUCGCUACAAUGUAGACAUAUCAAUUUUUGUCUGUGUUGCGAUGGAGAAUGUAGGCUGUGUGUCGGUGACAAACUUCUGGAGGGAGCAUGCAUCUUGCUGUGUGCAUGUGUGCCAUUUAUUCUUACAAACAUGAAGAGAGGAGGUCUAGUCGGAGUGUGUUGUAACUGAAUGCUUUGCUGUUAUGUCACGAAAAAAGUUACAGCACUAUCCGACUGAAUCUCUUCUCUUCAUAAAACUUGGUGCAUGUAUGUGUUGAUAGCUCUGUGCGCUGCGCCAUUUGAGCACUUUCUUGGCAGUUCCCACGACUUUCUGUGCUAUUUUAUUCUUUAUGGCUGCACAUGCAGUUGUGACUCGA